CGGAGUCGAGCCGAAACCAGAAGCAACGUUGAAACAAAUAGGAAAUAAAUAAUGGAUCCACAACGACAGAGUGGCAUCUAUGCAGACCGCUACAGUUUAGGUACUGAUGAGACCAUAGAGGCAGAGGCAGGUCACAGGAUGACCUUUGAUGACACAUUAAGGUCAUCCCUCGGUUCUGUGGGUGACCCCAUGUAUGUCUCAACAGGACGCAAACUCAGGAGGGACAUUCCACCGGAGGAAAGCUUGUUGUCAUCCCAGAUGUCUACUACGAGUGUGUCCUCACUGGGGAUUCUACAGCUAGACUCGAUGGCAGAUCUGUCAACAAGCCUUCUUCAACUUGAUGGCAGUUUCAACCAGCCACGGUUCAGCAAUGGCUUCCUUGAAGGGAAUCGUGUCGGUGAGCUCAACAGCGACUUUGAGCCAGGAGAGCGAGGGAAUGCGACUGGAGGAGACUCAAUGGGGACCAGUGAGAUUGACACAGAGGAUGAACUUGACGCAGUCAGGAGGGAAAAUGCCAGGCGACAGCUCUACCCUACUGCUCCCAUGGGCAGAGAAAGUCUUCAUGCUGGCGACGGUGGUGAAAGUAGCGACAGCGGGAGUGACGACAGCCACCAUUCUCGGCCAGGCCUUGAAGGGGGAAGCUCAGAUGAGCACAGCUCCACCCUCCCUUCCUCCCCAGGGCAUGAGAUGAGUCUACGCCAGUCAGCAGAGGGUGAAGUUGUUACCUCCCCAAUCCUUGGGGAUGGGGGUGGUGGAGGGGACGGCAUGAGUGACGGGGAGACAGGGAGCUCUCUCACAGCACCCUCGGUUGUUGGUGGAGGCGUAGGGGGUAGACCUACUGCUGGGAACAGGAGGGUGUUUUUCCGGUCAUGGAGUAAUCAAUCCGGAUUCAGUGAUCAAGAUAGAAAUAUUGAGGGUUCAGUUUUAAGCGAUCCUCAUCAGACACCAACCCCAGAAAUGUCCUGCCUUGCCCCUCACUUCCUUCUGCCCACCUCACACCCCCAGUCCGCCGGUUCAGCGACCGACCUGACCAACAGUCCUGAACUCCGCCCACUGAGCAGUGCCAGCAGCUUCCAUUUUGAGGAGGGGGCUUUUGGCUCAUCACAGGAGGGGCUGCACCAGAGGUUCUGGAACAGCGGAAUGUUAGAGGGACCGGUGACGGAGGAAGAGAGACGAGGGAAUGGUGAGGAGGAGCAGGAAGAGGAAGAAGAGCAGGAGGAGGAUGGAGAUGGGGAGAAGACACUGAUUCAAGGAUCUGAGAGAGGAUGGCAUGAAACACAAGAAGAGCUGGACAGCGGAGGCAUAAACACAGAGAGGGACAUACUUCAGAUUCAAGAAAUGAUGAGAAACUUUGAGGAGAACUCCCCUUCGAGUCAAGGUGGGGGAAAGAUCUUCAAUCCCUUUGACAACACUCAAGGCAAUGUCACCCUGGGAGGCAAUGGCAUUGGUUUCUCAGAUUUUGACGGUGAUUUUUUAGGCCAAGAUGAUGCAGCAGCUCUCCUAGCUGAGGACCAAGAAGCUUUUGAGAAAGAGAAUCAAUUUAGACAAGAUGAGCACAUUUCCUCAGACCAGUUCUCCAUCCACAACGCUUCCUCCUGGACUUCACCGAACAAGAGUCACUUGACCAUACAGGACCAUUCGGAGGUUCAAGGUGACGAAUCGUUCGACCGUGUCUCUCUUGGGGCGUUUAUGAGGACUAGAACGGAGGCUCUUGGUUCUCUCUCCGGCGACACCCAAACCAGUCGGCCAAGCUUUGGCACAGGUCAUAUCAAGACACCGGAAGGAAAAGACCCAGUGGUCCUGAUGGAGACGACAAGACUGAGUCUAGUUGCAGAGGAAGAGGAGAGAGACAAAGGACAGGGAGUUAUGGGUAUGACGGAGCUUGGGGAGAGCAUCCGAUUCUCUGGUGUCGGCUCGGACACAGAAGAUCAUUCGGGUCAUCACAUGGAGAGGAAUCAGUUUUCCUCGCACAGGGCCUCUCAACCAGCAGACACAAGCAGCUCCUCAUUCGCAGAGCUGGACGAAUACUCAGCCGACCGAGAAUCACUACCGAUGGCCAGCCUCUACUUCAGAGUCGCAAACCCCGAGGGCUCCGACGCCACCAUGGACGGCCAGACAUUCCGUCCAAGUCUCUCACUCAGGAGUCUAUCAAAUGACCCCCAGAUGGCUUCUUUGAAUCUCGGUGACCUCUCCUUGGCGGACGACGAUGACCGUUCCAGAGGCAUCUCCAGAUUUGACAGGUCUAGCGAUGCAGACCAGACUCCUAUAAUUAACCAGGCAUUUGGAGAGGCACCGACUGCUUCGCCAUUAAAACCUAACCUGAAAGUGCAACCUUUCCAAGAUACCACCACCCCACUCCCAAGACAGAUUGCCAUGCUUAGGGAGGAGAGUGAACCGGAUGGGAUUAGAACACCCCCAAUAGCUACCUCGGCUAUUGCUGCAGCCAUAGCCAGUGCUUCAAGCUGUACAAAACCUGAGGAGCUCGCUGCAAUGGUCCUUGCUCUCUCCAGAAAACAACGAAGUCAACAAAGCAGCCAAGCUCUCAGACAAAAAACACAGCCUGUAAUCAGAUCAUCAGUUGAUGCUUUUAAUGAUAAGGAGACUCGGAAUAAGAAGUCACCCAGAACAACAAGAAGUGGUUCAAAAUCCCAAACAGCGCAGCUCAACAUGCAAGACUCGAGUUACAUGGGUUACCUAGGUCACUCUGAGAUGUCAAGAAAAGUUCAUACUUCACCAAAAGCUACCAGUAAUGAACCUGGGACAAUGGUAGUCCCAGAGAGACCCAAAAAUGUUGCACCUGGCACUGAGUCAAGAUCUUAUCCGCAUCUUAUUGAUAGAAUUCCCCCCAAAUUGAAGGAUAGUGAGAUGCAGGCAUUAACUGUAGCAACAUCUCUUGAACAUCUUUCAAGAACAUCUGAAGGGAGUGCUGAUUUAAGUAGAUCGGACCAUUUCAAAAGUAGAACAUACACUCCAAUAGGAGAAACUCUUGAAGGUGCUGCUACCAAGAAACGAUCGAGCAGUUGCAGUGUCGCCAGCUCGACAUCAACGGAGAAGGGUCCUAGCAGGCAAAAUACUCCACAGGAUUACCUUGAAAACAGCGUCAUGAAUGAAGUACGUGGUUUUGAUUUGUCGUUUGACUCUCGCAUGCGAGUUCACACGGAGCGUCUAAAGAAUAUACAACGAGCCCAGGAAUUGGAGGCAGGAACCAGAAGUGCUGGGAGAGACUCUUUAGAGUCAUGGGACAGUGACACUUUGAUUUGGACCCCACGAUCAUCAGAUGAAAGUCGAAAUACAGAGAAGAAAUCUAGAAAGCAGUUGAUUGAACUAGAAAACACUGAUGAUGGUAACACAAAGGUGUCUUCAGGUAGUCGACAAGAUCUGGAAUAUAUGUUCCAGGGACACACUGAGAGAACUGAGGAUGUAAAGCCUACUCGUAGAGCUUCUCAAAGACAUUCACCCAAGGACAACAGAAACCGAAAUCGGUCCAGGUCUCCUAGGCCUGUUAAGGAACCAGAGGGUAUGGAAUUAGGAGUGGCAGGUCAUAAAGACUCCGUGACUAGAGGUAGAGUGUCCAGCAAUCAGCAAUACCUGAAAUCUCCUAGCAGAACAGACACCUCAAGUCAUUUGACUAAUGGUCAUUCUAAAAGGACUGCAAAUAAACCCAGAAGCCCCGGGAGAGGUGCGAGUGUUUCACCAAAAGAAAGCAGACAUGAAAUUAUUCGCCAUACAGGAGCUCAGAAUGGUGAUUCCUCAUCAGAUGAUGAGAAUGAUGGCUUGUCAAGGAGACAGCUAUCACGCAAUUAUCAUAAGCCAAGUAGACGAACAAGUCAGAAAACCAUGAAUGAAGAAGCGGACAAACAGAUGUCUGAUGUCAGGCCUUCCUCACCUUCACUGAAACAAACUAAAUAUCAAACACCCACAGAGGAUUUUAGAAGCAAGGCACUGCUUGAAUUAAGCCAUGAUCCUUCAACAGAAAAUAUUUCCACCAAAGUGAAAAGUAGACUCUCAGCAUCUCCAGAUACACCUAGAACACCAGGUGCUAAUAAGAUGUCAGUUUCCCCUCGCUCAGCAAGUAGUAGUUUCAGCGAGUCAGCCACUCAAACUAGUGACAAUGACACCCAGACUGUAGACACCUCAAAUUUGUCUAAACCUCCUACAGCCCUGCAAUAUGGUCCCCCAAUAUCAUCCUUCCAAGCAUAUCCUGACAGAUCACGAAUAUCAACUCAUUCAACAUCCACAACCCCGACUCUUCUGACUAGCCAGAGUCUCUUGACAGAUGCCCUCUUGAAGCAGUACCUGAAUGAACAGGCAGUUACUUCUAGACCAGCAAACACUCUAUCAGUAGCUCCCUCCUAUGUCAGCGGUCAGCUGAUGAAGACACUAGAUGCAAUUCAGAAAGGCACAAACUUACAACCAACGCUGGUCAGUGCAACAAACCCUCCGUAUGUGUCGUCACAGCCUUCCGAUCUUGGCUUGAUGCAGACCCUUCCGAAUCUGACCAUCAACACGGCUCAGACUGCUCCAUCGUUGAGCCUGUUGCAACGUCUAGAUUCGCCAAACCUUAAUACAGCAAACCACCCUCUUCUCACAAGCACUAGAGAUCUGGGACCUAUGCUGGAGAGAGUCACUCUCGCUGGUCAAACCAACACAUCAUAUCCCACUUCUGCCUCAAACUCAGCCUAUCCGCCUUCUGCCACCAUGCCUGUUUUGCCACUCCAGUCAACCCACACCAUUCCUUCCAGUGUGUACGGAUAUGGAAGCCUAACCGCAAGUAGCUUUGCUUCGCUGCCCAGUUUCCAGGGAGCUGCAAUGCAAGGGUAUCAAGUGAAUACAUUGCCGAGCAGACCAGUCACCGCCCAAGAUCAUGCCAUGUCAAACGUCGGACCUCCGCAACCUGUGAGAGUCACAGCACAAGCUGUCAAUCCAGUUGUCGUUGGCUCGAUAAACAUCAAGGGUGUAUGUUGCCUGGGGAUAGCCAAGCAGGCCCUGCUACCUCUGCAGAACAACGGCCCACGCUGGCUUCAAUGCCACAUGGAGGUGACGUCCGUUAGCGUCAAUGGGGAAGAGCUCCCGCCAGACAGCUUGUCUUCAUUCUUGGUGAAACGCCGCACCAUCAUUAGCCCUCACCACACCGAGGAAGUGAAGAUUGUCUUCGUUCCGCACCAACCGGGCAUCUACGUGGCCCAGAUCCAGGUGAGCUCCAGCCCUGUGGUUGCUGAAGGGGAGGUAGCAUCUCUCAGUCAGGGGGUACCUGUCACUGUCUUGGCCAGGGCCGAAAAGCCAAAUAUUGGGGUCAAAGGUGCUCAGAAUGGUACCCUGGACCUUGGUGUGCUGAGCUAUGGUAAGGAAAGAUCGGCUCCCAUCUAUCUCGUCAACAAGGGCUCAUCCAGGGUUCCUCUACAGCUUCUCAUCAAAGUAAACUCCUCCGCAUGGCAUUCCUUCUAUCUCCACACUGGAGACUCGACGAAAACCAACCCUGAACACUCGUCCAGUCUGAACCUUCCCACCCACGUGACCCUUGAGGGCCAGAAUGACACAGUAACCCUCUGGGUCCACUUCCGGGCAACUCCGAGGGACAAAGCCACCUCGCCUGGGGCACUGGGCGCCCCGGAGCAGGUUUCAGCCAAGAUGGAGGUGUUUUUAGAUGUACCCGAUGGAGGUGUUGCCAUCACCAGCGUGGCGCUGAGGGCAACUGUUGGUCUAGCAAAGCUGAAUAUACCCAGGGCUUUAACGAAAGAGAUUACUUUCAAGUCCCACGGUGGGGAACACACCGGCCGUAUGCUACCCCUCAAGAACACCGGCAACAUCCACCUAGACACUGAGCUGUCUGUGUUCUCUGCCCAGGGGGUAUUCACCGUGGUACCCCAGACCAUCCUGCUAGCCCCAGAUCAAGAGGUCAAUGUACUGGUUAAAUACACACCAAAGGAGCUACCUUCUCUAGACACUGGGCAACUGGCAAUGUGCGCCAGACCCGAUGGUCCGUCUUAUGAGGUGAUGCUCCGUGGGGAGACAGUAGAGAAGACCCUAGACGACAACAAGCCUAACUUCCUGGUCAACCGUCACUUCAUCUCUUGGGGAGGGGUACCCAUUGGCAGGGCUUUACAGCAGAAGCUAACAAUCCGCAGCUGCGCCAAGGAAGAGGAGUUGAAACUCAGACUCUACAUAUCAGGCGCAAAAGCUCAGUUCCAGCUCUUGAAUGCCUUUGGUUCCGGUGAAUGGUCGACGGAUAACAACCAGUACGUGUCUCUCAAGCCACAGGAGGACAUGCUGGUUCACGUUCUCUACUCUCCGACAACCAUUGCAACCAGUCAGGCCAAACUGAGCAUUAAGCCACAGAAUAGCAACUUCAAAUACAAUGUUCCACUUAGCGGCUAUGGAGGUGUGAGUAAACUAAUCGUGGAGGACGUCCAUGAAUCAGAGCAUGGUUGCUAUGGUAUCAACGUCGGCCAUGUUACAAGCAGCAACAACCCCAUUGUCUGCACGAUCACCGUUUCAAACAUCGGAAGGAGAAGUGCCUUUGUGAAAGCAAUUGGUUUCCAAGAUGAUCAAGGCAGGGACAAACUACGAACCAGCCAGCUCCGGGUCGAGCCAGAUGAGUUCAUCCUCCCAGAGAAGCAUCGGAAGACUCUGACUGUGACUCUCCACACAAAUAAGAUGGACACCAAGACAAGACAUGUAGGGAAGGAGGGCAUCCUGGCUGCUAUUGGGCUCUUUUAUGGAGAUGAGAUCUCCAGACAGCAAUAUAGAAGAGCUUUGAAACGCAGUGAGAGCGAGAAAGUCAGUCUGUCUACCCACAACCCACUGAGUGAUGUCACAUUUGAUCGACCCUUCACUGGAGAGGCCAAAGUAAAUGAAGUGAAUGACCUACCAUGGAGAAGUGGAGAUCUGAAUCUAUUCUACUGUUGCAUAUCACGGGUAAUGGUUCUACUGAAGGGUAGGAUGGACCAGAGUGAGUCUGUAGCCAGCACCAAGAGGCCCUCGCUGGCUUCCUUGUCACCAGUCAAAUCAUCAGGACCUUCCUCCAGGGAUGAGGACAGGCUGGGAUCCGCUGACCAGUCAAAUAGACCGGUCACAGGAGCCUACACCCCACCGGUCAAAGGCACCCCUAAUCCUUGCACAUCUACCUCCACCCAACUCAGCCCCAAUCGGCCCUCAAGGACAACCUCUUCCUCCGAUGUUGUUCUGACCAGCAAUGAGGGCAGCAGGAUGGGUUCAUGGACUGUGCAGCCCCAUCAGAUGGUCAUUACAGCCCCCGGAGGUGGGAUCGGAGUGCAGAAGAGCCACAGUAUACGAGUCGCUAAUCACAGCCCAAGGAAACUAAGGUUUGAAACUAUGCACACACCGGACUGCCUUAUUGUCACCCCUGCGGCGGGAGUGGUGGAGCCCAUGAGUCAGCUGCUGGUUCUAGUUAGCUGUAACCCUUCCAUUCGGUCCAGAGGGGUGCAGUUACCAUGGAGUGGGGCCAUUCUGGUAGUUUGUGAUGACCAAAAACAGGAGGUCAAAGUUCAGAUCAGGGAAGACUUUGGAAUGGACUCUUCCAUUAUUCCAUCACUGGGUAGAAUGCAGUCCCUCUCAGACCAGCCGGUCACCCCUGAUACAUCAAUGGUUGCACCCUCAUCAGAAACCACAUCUCCUGUUAAGUUACAAUCGAAGGCCAUUCGUUUUCCGACGACAGUGGUUGGGAAUACCUCAGAAGCCACAUUAGAGUUUCAGAACAAUACGUCAGAGCCCCGUCAGUGGUGUCUGUCUUCCUUCGCUCCGACCUACGUCAAGCAGGACAGUGGGGAGAUCUACCGAGCGACUUACUCUGCGUUCCGAUUCACUCGUCAGUACGGAAACCUUGAACCAGGACAGAAUAUCACGGUAAAUCUGGAGUUUAUUCCCAGAGAUGAAGGGAUGUAUUCACAAUACUGGGACCUGGAGAGUAACAGAAAGUCCACACUGGCCAGUGGUCCUCACAAGACUCGCAUCGAGCUGGUAGGCCAGGGUUCCAAAGAGGAGGUAGUUUUGUCGGUGCCUCUUCAUCACAACACCAAGAAGAGGAAGAAGAAGAGUGGACAUCACAGAGAAGGGAACCUGGUACGGGUUGAGCCUCGAGUCAACUCCAAACCAACUGCCCUGGCCGUACCCAUACUGGUCGACAAUUCAAGUGAAGGAGAUAUUAGUCCCGCCGACUAUAGAAAAGAGCCAGUAGCCAGUAGAAGUCCAGACUCCACCUCAGUCCAGGGAGUGACCCUGAUAGACGAUCAUCUCAUUUUCAGUCAGACCAAGGUUGGCUCGGCAGCCAUGCUCAAGCUCCAAGUACAAAACAGCUCCAACCAUACGCACACUGUAAAAUUUGUCAGCCCCCAAGCGCCAUUCUCCAUUCGGCACCCGAAGCACACCAUCCAACCCAAACGAUUCAUCAGGCUACCGGUGUACUUCAAGCCCACUGCGCCUGGAAAGCACCAGGCAGCACUGGUCAUUACCCUAGAGGGCCACCACAACCUCAUGUCACGCCUCGAGGGAAUCGGCGUCUGAAACAUUCCGUGAAACAGCUCUCCAGCCUGCGAUGUUCACAGCAAGGUCAGUCAAACUUCUUUUGAAUACCGCCAGAACUUGCACAAUCUAAAGGCUGGUCUCUUACCCCCUGUUUUACCGAACCAAAAACAUUAGGAGCGACUCUAGUCGUUAUGAGCGACUGCAACAGACGAUCUUACGACUUCUAGCGCGUCCACUUACUCCUAACUGUUUCUGCUGUCAAACUUUUUAUGUACUUAAUUGAGAAUUUGGUUUAGGUGACUCUGGAGUGCCUGCUUGAAACGA